CGUAAGCCAUCGAUCGUCAGGAGCCCAGGGUGCCAAGCGCGAAGACACGGACCACGUACGCGAGGCAACGAUAUGUUGCAACAUUCGCAUGAACAGGACGCCUCGCCUUUCACAGAGCAGCCCGAGUCGAGCCCACACGAAUUACCAAAGGAUUGAGGCAUUGUAUAACCAAGAUGAAGCGGCGAUAUGGCGAGGCGGUUGCCUGUGCACUAACUCGGCGGGCUCGAACUGCAAAGCCGACGAAGGACCCCUCGAGGCAGACUCCAGGGCUCUGACUUAUGCCAUGUACAUUGUGCCUAAAGCGAUGGACAGAACUUGGCUUAACGAGCACACGCUUGCGUCUUACAAUUGUGAUGGGGUGCCGACGAACGCAACGAACUGAAGCGCGACAAGUCAGGAAUGGAUAUGUAUGACGUAUGCGGGACUGGUCCACCUUCCGCGGCUAUCGGCGACUGACAGAUACCGACCGGCGUGUGGAACAUGCACACGCGUGCCUACCCGCUGCAAGCAAGGCGAGGCCCUUGGACCCCCCUGCGGUCUCUUGCCACCGCGCCUACUUCUGUUGCGCUCUAGCCUAUCUAGCCGGCUUGUCAAUUAAGCGACCCUUCUCGGAAUGAACCCUAACGUCGUCGGGUGUGCGGUGGCUGACAUCUGGCACAUACAUCUGUGUUAUGUCCCCAAUUGAUACCGUGCUGCCACAGGUAGCUAGUCAACGGGCCGGGGACGUGCAUCCCCAUCUGCGCGGCAACAUUUACGUACCGCAGCGUGCUAUAGGGCUGGCACCUACCCAGAUCGUGUACGUGAUGGAGAGCAUUAUUGCGCGUACGCGGCGCUUCUCGCUGUCUGCCAAGCUGCUGUAUCACCUGCGCAUGGCGGACCUGCUAUUUGUGCAGUGGAAGCAGCUGGCCAAGACCUACCCGCGGGCCGCCGUGUACGUGGGCCGGCUGUACUGCUGCGUGCUGAGGCGGCGCCGUGUGUCACAAGGAGUGGAGGGAGCACGCGCGUGGCGGCGGGCGGCAUUUUGUAGGGAUGUGAGGUGGGGACGGAGGCGGGUGCAGCACUAUGCGUAGACUAUGGUAGAGGCGUGCGUGGGUAGAGGGGUGGCGGGAAGACAGAACGCAGGCUGCUGUCGACAGCAAGUGGGAUAGGCAUGCAUUGGAGGGUACGAUCGAAAGCACGAUCGAAAGCAGGGGGCGGGUGCGUGGGGUGCGGAGAUGAUGACACUUACUAAAGCCCCGCCUACUGGAUGCAUGGCGGUCUUAUCGCAUUGAGCAGUGUUAUGGCCCGGACGCUGCACCGCACGUACGGCGCAAGGAGGUAGGGCAGGGUUUCUUCUCAGCAAGCGUGCCUUCGCAUGCACUCCCAGCAGGGCAAGACAGGUGUCGGGGCAGGACUUGGGUUGGGAACUGGGUCAGCUGCUGCUCACCAGGGCAGAAGGUGUGGACAGGGCCACACGAGAAGCAAUGUUAAUGACGAGUGUUGCGGAACUAAUGCGUACGCAGACCAGAGCGGAAGGCGGAGUGGGCAAUGCUCGGGUGUCGGACGUUUUUGAAUGUGGCGUAAGGUACUCGAACAUC